AUGGGUUGCUGCGUCAGCUCCGGCACUGCUGAUCGGAACAACGAGAACGUUUCCGACAAGAAUACGGCCAUUGUCGAAGAAGAAACGGUCGUUAAAGAAGUCUUGUCGGAGACAACAUUUCUCACUACUUCAUGCAAUGUCCACGAAUCGGCGGUCGAUGAUCCGGUGAAGACGAAGAUCCGGGAAACAGAGGAGAAAAAACUCAAAAGUGCUCCGGACUCGGUUAUGACCCGACCCGAUGUGAUUGACCCGGAAGAAGGAUCGGAGGUUUCGGAGAUUUGUAGCUUGAGCUUGAGCGAGAGUGUUUCUUCUACGGCUGUGAUGAAUGUGUACGGUGAGGAAGAAGUGAAGCAGAGGAAGUCUCAGAGAUCUCCGGCAAAAUCUCGGACCCGGGUCACGGGUAAUAAUUACCCGACCCGAAGAACAACAGAUCAAUCUCCUCGUAAGAGAAACAUCGGUACGUGUAAUGGGGCGAGAGUCGGGUCGGGUACAAGAGAGCCGGGUGAGAGAUCCGGAAGAAGGUCGAGAUCGCCGGCGACGAACAGAUCCGGGAUGGAUUCGAAUCAGAGUCGGGUGGGUGGGGCAAGGACUAGGAAAAACAAUGAGUCUCCGGGUCGGGUUAGGAAAGAUCCGAACAAGAACGGGUCGGAUCAGCAACAAUAUCAGAAUCACGGUUAUACCACUGAGGAAUUGUUAGAGAACCCGCUUGUUUCGUUAGAGUGUUUCAUAUUUCUCUGA